AUUCUCCCGCAAGCCUCCUGGGCACAGGAGAAAACUGAGAAAACUGGGCACAGGCAGGCGCUGGCUGGGGAGGGCACCAGCCGAGCUCCUAGCCCCUUCCUUACGCCUCUGCCCUAGGCGAUGGCUCCAGGCCCAGGCCUCCCUGCCUCUCUGGCUCUGUGCAGACCCCGAGCCCCGGCGGCGCCCGACGACAGGGCUCCACACUGCGCCGUGCCGGGCACCGUGCUCCUGCUGCUCGCCUACCUGGCUUACCUGGCGCUGGGCACCGGCGUGUUCUGGGUGCUGGAGAGCCCCGCGGCGCGUGACUCCAGCGCGAGGUUCCAGCGCGAGAAAUGGGCGCUGCUGCAGAACUUCACGUGUCUGGAUGGCCCGGCGCUGGACUCGUUGAUCCGGGGCAUUGUCCAAGCGUACCAAAGUGGGGACAUCGUCCUUGGCAACACCACCAGCAUGGGGCGCUGGGAGCUCGUGGGCUCCUUCUUCUUUUCUGUGUCCACGGUCACCACGAUUGGCUACGGCAACCUGAGCCCCCAUACGAUGGCCGCCCGCCUCUUCUGCAUCUUCUUUGCUCUUGUGGGGAUCCCGCUCAACCUCGUGGUGCUCAACCGACUGGGGCAUCUCAUGCAGCAGGGAGUGCAUCACUGUGCCCGCAGCCUGGGGGGCGCCUGGCAGGACCCGGCCAAGGCUCGGUGGCUGGCAGGCUCCGGUGCCCUCCUCUCGGGCCUCCUGCUCUUCCUGCUGCUGCCCCCACUGCUCUUCUGCCACAUGGAGGGCUGGAGCUAUGUAGAGAGCUUCUACUUCGCCUUCAUCACCCUCAGCACCGUGGGCUUCGGCGACUACGUGAUCGGGAUGGACCCCUCCCGGCGGUACCCGCUGUGGUACAAGAAUACAGUGUCCCUAUGGAUCCUCUUUGGGAUGGCGUGGCUGGCCUUGAUCAUCAAACUCAUCCUCUCCCUGCUGGAGACCCCGGGGAGAUCAUAUUCCUGCUACCACCACAGCUCCAAAGAGAACUUCAAGCCCCAAAGCUGGAGGCAGAGCCCCGAUGGGGAGGCAGAACCCCGUUUGCCACAGUCAGGCUGCUGUCCAGAGGGGCCUGUGAGAAUCAUGCAGCAUCCAGAACCCUCUACUCAGGUCUCAUGUUGUGGAAAGGGCAACUAGUUAUACUCCCGUAUGCGUUCCAUCUUCCUCAGUAACAAGAGCCCUGGCUUUAAGCUUGGCACAUAACCACCCAGACUAAAGACUACUUUUUUUAUCUUCCCUUGAGGCUAUUUGCAGCUAUAUGGUUAAAUUCAGCCCAAUUGAAUACACGGAGAAGAAUCCUGUGGGACUUAUGACUGACUUUUUGUGGCAGGUAGUGUGCUCCUCUUCACUACUUCCUUUUUCUAGCUGGCUGCAAUACUGAUAUAGUGACUGGAGCUCUGGCAACCAUGUUGCACCAUGAGGUAGAAGCCAUGUUUGAGAUCGGUGACACAGUAAGACAGGAAGAGCCUGGGUUCCUGAUGGUUGAAGAGCUUCCAUAACAAUCUGGACCGAAUACCUUCAGACUUCAUUUGUGUGAGUGAAAAAUAAAUGUCGAUCU